AUGAAAACGGGAUCCUACCCUCCUGAUACUGAUUCUGUUGCAAAAAGUUUCUUACGCAGAAUGUCAGCAAGAUUUUUCUUGAAUGGAGAAAUACUAUACAAGAAAACAUCUUAUUUGGGCCUUCUGAGAUGCAUCAAUGAAGAGGAAGCCGAUUAUAUGAUGAAAGAAGUGCAUAGUGGGAUUUGUGGACCACACAUGAAUGGACAUCUACUGGCUAAGAAAAUCAUGAGAACAAGAUAUUUUUGGCUUACCAUGGAACAUGACUGUGUAGAUUUUGUUAGAAAGUGUGUUAAGUGUCAAAUGUAUGGUGAUGUUAUACGUGCUCCUCUUACAGAAUUGUAUAGUAUGACUACUCCAUGGCCAUGUUCAAUCUGGGGAAUGGAUGUGAUCGGAACUAUUGAUCCCCCUGCUUCAAAUGGGCAUCGAUUCAUCUUAGUGGCGAUUAAAUAUUUCACCAAAUGGGUUGAGUCUACGUCCUAUAAGCAUGUGACUAAGAAAGUGGUGUCGGAUUUCUUGAAAAAUAAUAGCAUCUGUCGUUUUUGGGUACCAGAGACGUUGAUCACCGAUAAUGCCAAAAACCUCAACAAUGUUCAAGCACACCUGGAUUGGCAUGAGAAACUGCCUUAUGCACUGAUGGCGUACAGAACUACAAUCAGAACUUCUACAAGGACAACUCCUUACUCUCUUAUGUAUGGAAUGGAAGCAGUACUGCCUGCAGAAGUUGAAAUUCCUUCCUUACGCAUUCUAAUGGAGGCUCAGAUAGAAGAAGCUGAAUGGGUCCGAGAACGUCAGGAGCAGUUGUCUCUCAUUGAUGAAAAAAGGUUGAAUGCUGUUUGCCAUGGAUAA